AGAGGGAGAGAGAGAGAGAGAGAGCGAGCGAGCGUGCGCGCGUUAAAGGGGCGUGGAGGUUUGGCUUGGUUUCACUCUGUGCUCAGUCUUGUGGAUCAACAACUGUGGAGGAUUAGGAACUCUGACAGGAGGCUUCAAAGAAAACCAAAGGCUCGGAACAAGGCUCUUUGUGGUUUGGUGCCUUCCUGACUUGGACAGAGCUCUAUUUGGAGGGAGUAUUGAACUUAAACGGUCAUUCAAGUGACAGUCGCUCAAGUGACUUUUUUCUUGGUGAGAGACUUUCUUUCCCACUCAAAACCUCCAGCGUUACCAGGGAGUGUACCUGCGGAUGGAUCCAGAAAAGGCUCAAAUAGAAACGGCCAUGCUGAGGGGUGAGGACCAAUGUGCGCCAGCGUCUCCUGGUGGGGGGAACCGCACGGAGACGAAGAGCACGUGCAUCGAGAUCUCCAACUGUAACCUGGUCUCCGCGUCGCUCUGCAAGGACCCUCACUACAGACGGCUGGCCAUCAGCAGCAUCGUGUGUGGGCUCUCCUGCAUCGGCAUCAUGUCCCUCAUCUACUCAGUACAGGCCAGAGAAGCGACGAAUCCUGAAAAGUCACAGAAGCUCUCCAAGCAAGCGAGGAAAUACGGCCUUAUUUCCAUCGCGGUGUGGGUGUCAAUAUUGCUCAUCUUCCCUGCCUUGGUGGUUCUGGUUUCAUACGUGUUGACUUUUAUCGACUGAAGCAGUAGAGCCCUACACGAGUAAAGACUGAAGAGAGCAGCCCAUGAAACAACCCAGACACGGUAUGGGAAAUGGGCUAGCAUGAGUAACUGGUUUAGUGGUAGCCCACUCCAGAACCACUCAGGGUCACGUGACAUGCCAAGGUCAACUUUUUUUUACCGUUUUAAUAUUUUUUUAAAAUAAUUGUAUACGUUUGUUUUUGUAAUGCUAAUAUUUUUUAUAUAUGUACUAUUUAUUUUGUUAUAACAUAAAAAAAAGAGUAAUUAUGCCAUGUAUGUUUCAUUAUCCCCAACCUCUUUCGAGUUCACAAUUGAACAGAGCUGCAAAUGUUUUGAAUAAAUUAAGUGUAAAAGAAAUGUAUAUAUAUAUAGAAAUUGGUUUUUAUUAGGACUUUCACAAAACAAUUCACAACCUCUGACGAAGGUGCUUAUUUGUUGCAACAAAAUUCCACAAUAAAACUUUUCCUGUAUCUUU